AUGGCGUCCAUGUUGGAGCGGUUCGUGAGUCCGGGCAAAGGUAACGGUCUGCGGGCGACGACUGCAAUCAAAAGCGGGAGGUUGCUCUUUUCUGCCGAACCGCUGGCUACCUGUGUGUCGUCAAAAGUGGCCAAAGAUGUGUGUCAUUCCUGCUUCGCGAGACAGAAGAACUUGCUGCGGUGCUCCCAGUGCAAGAUGGCCCGAUACUGCAACAGCAUAUGCCAAAAACAAGCAUGGUCUGACCAUAAGAGGGAGUGCAAAUGUCUACAGCGCAUCCUUCCCAGGACUCCUACUGACUCCGUUCGGCUAGCGGCAAGAAUUAUUUUUGCAAUGCUAACUCCAGCAAAGAACCGCAGUGAGGAGCUCUACACAUUAGACGAACACGAAUCACAUCUGACCUCCAUGUCUGAGCAGAAGACACAAGGUCUAUCUCAAUUGGCGUCUAUGCUAGAGAUGUACCUACAAGAGGAAGUGCCUGAACUUGCACUAGAAAUGACAUCGACAUUGCCACAGUCUUGUAGACGGACCCUCGACUUGAUUGCAAAGGUUACGUGUAAUUGUUUCACCAUAAGUGACGGAGAGCUGAAAGAGAUUGGAGUUGGGCUGUAUCCCAGUUUAUCGCUGCUAAACCAUGACUGCAGGCCAAACUGUGUGACGGUGUUUGAAGGAACAAAGCUACACCUAAGAGCUGUUCGGGAUAUUAAACCUGCAGAGGAGCUAACAAUUAGCUACAUAGAGACGUUGUCAGUGACAGAAGAACGUCAGAAACAACUGGAGGAGCAGUACCAUUUCACAUGCCGUUGCCAGAAAUGUGACUCCAAAGACACGGACAAAUUCAUGCUGUCAGGUGAAGAGAAAGCAUGGAAAACAUUGAUGGAAACAUUAUCAAAACUGGAAAAACUUAAGGAAGCCUCAGAUUGGCAAACCCUUCUAGAUGGCUGCGCAUGUGUCUUAUCAACUGAGGGUGCUGAUGUGCCUGAUGAAAACCUCUACAAGCUACGACUGACAGAUUUGGCACUGGAUUCUGCUAUUCACCUCGGUCACUGGGAGAAGGCAACAAGAUAUGGGGAAAGGACACUUCCGAUUUACAGACAUUACUUCCCUGAUCCUCAUCCGGUCCAUGGAAUCCAGCUGAUGAGAGUUGCAAAACUGCAGCACUAUUUGGAGCGCACUAAAGAUGCUCUGGGCACCUUCCAACAGGCCUUUGAAAUCCUCAAGAUCACACAUGGUAUUGAUCACCCCUUGGUGGCUGAUUUGCUGGUCAAGAUGGAAGAAUGUCGCUUUGAGCUGGAUCAAUGAUUAACCCUUUAAAGGGGAAGAGACUAUUUUAGGUCAUUGAAAAAACACAGUUGUUUUCGUCAACAAUGACGAUAACGAAAACAUUUUGUCUACAAACAAUUUUUUCCAUGAUGUUACGAUGUCGAGCUAAAAACAUUGCUUGGUAUACUAGAACAUAACGAAACGAAUGCCAGUUUCCAUCUAAAGAGACGACAAUGAGAGGAAAAUGCGACAUAGCUUGUUCACAUUUGUUCACAAUGCAUGAUAUUUUUAUAUUGUACGUGGAAAACGUCAGCUUGCAUCGUAGCAGUGUUUGGGUCAUGUCACUCAUGUGAAAUGUGCUGCGCCCCUCCCUCACGCUCCUCACUGGAGAUGAGGUUGGGUUUCAAGCUAGGCCACGCUCCAUCCAUCUUGCUUGUUUGGAAACACAUGGUAAGAUUUGUUUUCUUUUCUUGGCUAGCGAGAAGGUGGGUUUAACUGAAAAAAAUGUACUGUUUUUCCUGCUAAGUGUGUAUUAUCAUCACCAAGUUGGCAUUGUACUUAUAGACGCUACAAUAUGUGCUCAUUUUUCCAUAUUCAUUAGAAAUUGUUGGAAACCCCUUCUGGACAAUUUUUUUUUUAUUUUACAGACAAAAACAUUUUGAGUACCUAUCGACUAAAACUGAUUGGAAUUUGUCUGAGAUUUCGUCGCCUAAAACUAGGCGAAGACAAACACAUUUUGAAAUGACUAAAAUAUGACUAAGACUAAUAAGUAUUUUCGUACCAAAGACUAAUGGGCCGUUUACAUGGUGACACUGCAACACCAAGACACAACAAUAGUUUGCGGAACUGGCUCCCCUUUAUUUGGUGACCGCGAUAACGGAAGGCGAAGACACAAACUUUUGAUUCCGGGCUCCAAUGUGGAACAAUUCGAUUGUGGUUUCUCCGCAACAAUAUGCAUGGAACGCUCUCUACUCCGAUGACGUCAGCACUCACACACGUCACCUUGGGUGUGCGGGGUGUGUGAAGUCACUGCUAGUAAACAUUCAAAACAGCAAACAUGGUGGAUCGGCGGGUUUACGUUACUGUUUUUAUAAUAUUUUGAAUUUAAACAUAUUUUAUUUUCGCGUUUUUGUGCCUAAGAAAAAAACGCAUGGCUGCUAUUGCUUUGAAUUUAAAAAAAAAAAAAAAAAUGACAUGCAAUGUAAUACAAUCAUUUAAACUUGUAAAGAACAGCAAAAAUACAAGAAAUACGAGAGAAAAAUGAAAUGUACAGGAAAAACAGUGAAUAAAACUGCAAAAUAAAUCAUGGGAACAAAAAAAAUAUAUAUUUAUAUCAUUGUAAGUGGGUGGGCGUGUUGUCUUCCGGGCGAAGAGGGUUGUUGUCAAGGAAGUCCAUCAUUGGCUGUCGCUUUGUAAAACUGCUCUGCCCUCUAGGGCCCGGCAUGAAUACAUCGUUUUCAUGCGGUGUUGCAGGAUCGUUCGAAUGGAGACGGAGCCAUGUAAAUGCAAACAUGAAUUUGUCGUAUUCUUGUAGCGUCACCAUGUAACUGGCCCCAAAGACAAAAAUUAAAGGACUGCCUUAAACAACACUUUUAAAAAUGAAAUGAAAAGGACAACACUUUCAUCAUGUACAUCCCAGUGGGGUUGAAUGAAUUGAAAAAUAAAGAUUUUUUUUUCUGAUGUGUGAUAUGUGAGAAAAAGGAUAUAUAUCCAGGAAGUGGCCGCCCGACAUGGGGGAAGAUGUUUUAUCAAUCCCGGUACUAUUUUAGCCACUCAAAUGUGAAUACCCGAAAUUAACAGCCUUUCCUCGUUAUUUAAUUAACACCCAUUUAUCAUAAGCACCUUUACAUGAGUCUGUCUGUAUCAGGAAAUGGCUAUGCCUUAAUCUAUCAUUCUUUGUUUUGUUUUUUAAAUCAUUAUUCUCUCCGUUAUUAGGGGUACGAGAAAAUUGCAAUUUGUGAGGUAUAUAUAUGUUGUCUUGUGCUUUAAACUCAUACAUUUUGGCCACAAUAUUAUCAUUUGGAAUACCAACAUCCUGACUUGGCCCAAAAUGUGAUGUCCACAUACAGUAUGUGGAUGUCAGGUAUGAAAUAUAUACACUCACCGGCCACUUUAUUAGGUACACCUGUCCAACUGCUCGUUAACACUUAAUUUCUAAUCAGCCAAUCACAUGGCGGCAACUCAGUGCAUUUAGGCAUGGUGAUAUGGUUUAAGACAAUCUCCUGCAGUUCAAACCGAGCAUCAGUAUGGGGAAGAAGGGUGAUUUGAGUGACUUUGAACAUGGCAUGGUUGUUGGUGCCAGAAGGGCUGGUAUGAGUAUUUCAGAAACUGCUGAUCUACUGGGAUUUUCACGCACAACCAUCUGUAGGGUUUAGAGAGAAUGGUCCAAAAAAGAAAAAAUAUCCAGUGAGCGGCAGUUCUGUGGGCGGAAAUGCCUUGUUGAUGCCAGAGGUCAGAGGAGAAUGGCCAGACUGGUUUGAGCUGAUAGAAAGGCAACAGUGACUCAAAUAACCACCCGUUACAACCAAGGUAGGCAGAAGAGCAUCUCUGAAUGCAUAGUACGUCAAACUUUGAGGCAGAUGGGCUAUAGUAGCAGAAGACCACGCCGGGUCCCACUCCUUUCAGCUAAUAACAGGAAACUCAGGCUACAAUUUGCACAAGCUCAUUGAAAUUGGACAGUAAAAGAUUGGAAAAACGUUGCCUGGGCUGAUGAGUCUCGAUUUCUGCUGCGACAUUCGGAUGGUAAGGUCAGAAUUUGGCGUCAACAACAUGAAGCCAUGGAUCCAUCCUGCCUUCUAUUAACGGUUCAGGCUGGUGGUGGUGUAAUGGUGUGGGGAUUUUUUUCUUGGCACUCUUUGGGCCCGUUGCUACCAAUUGAGCAUUGUUGAAACGCCACAGCCUACCUGAGUAUUGUUGCUGACCAUGUCCAUCCCUUUAUGACCACAAUGUACCCAACUUCUGAUGGCUGCGUUCAGCAGGAUAAUGCGCCAUGUCAUAAAGCUGGAAUCAUCUCAGACUGGUUUCUUGAACAUGACAAUGAGUUCACU